GCGAGACGAUGGUGACGAUGGACUCGAAUUCACUACUCAUGCCGCUCCCAGCCAGCCGCGUGCGCAGUCGGAGAGCGGGACAGUUUCGUCAAGUGGUUCAUUGAGGGUCAUACGGCAAUAUAAGGUUACUCAUCUAGCUCGUCGAAUCAAGAUCUUAUGCGUUCGUUCGCGUGUGAGGGGGGCGAGCUUUCCCUGGCCUACAGCGAGCUGGAAUCCAUCCCCGCGGAGCUGGCCAGCGGCGAGGGACCACAUGUUCGCACCCUCAAUCUCACGGAAACGGGAAUCAAAUCGCUCAAAGCGUUGGAACUCUUUCCGCGGCUCCAAACCCUCGUGCUCGACAAGAAUGCACUCGUUGGCUUGAUAGACUGUCCGCCAAUCCCCACACUGACCACCCUGUGGUUUAAUAACAACAGCAUCGUAGACUUGGUCGGUUUCAUUGACGACGUCGCUCGCCUCUUCCCGCGCAUCACCUACUUGAGCUGCAUGCGGAACCCGGCAUGCCCGGGUCUCAUGGACAUUGUGACGCCUGACGAGGAGGCGUGCAAACACUACCGCCUCUAUGUGCUCCAUCGACUCCCAAGGCUCGAAUGCCUUGACGCCGCAGACGUAAUUGGACCCGAGCGAUCCGAGGCUGCAAUUCGAGGCCAAUUCUCGAUCAAACGACGGCCAAACAAUCAGCAUGCGCCUGCUGGACCUGGCCUUGUCGAGAUUGGGAACAAGGAUGAAGGCAAUCCCUUUGCUGUGCGAUCAGAAGAUAUCGCCGCCUCUUCGGCCAGUAGGAAAUCGUCGUACGACGGCCAGAACUCGGAGGGGAACCGGUUCAUCCGCAAUGACUUGCUAUGA